GCCUGAGCAGCCAAAGGGCCCUGACAGGUGUCUGGAGACAGCUGGGAAAGCCUUUCUGAACCCCUGACGGAUUUGUUCUGAAAGCUUGUCCUGAUACCACUGUGCCAAACAUGGAGUUUGAAGACUACACUGCCUACAAUAACCUGUCUGAUGAGGAGCUCUUACAGCUAGCCAUCGAAAGAAGUCUAACUGAGCAAUUCCUCGAGAGCCGUUACACUCAUCCCCCUCCUGAUGCGCCAAGGACACUGUGUCCAAGUCCAAAUCCAAGUCCAAGUCCAAGUCUACGCCCCUCUUUUAAACAUGACCUCUUCAUUGAGAUGCAGAUAAUGAUCCGCGACCAGGAUGAAGGAGCUUUGUUGGCUUUUGUAAAGGAAAACUCAGGCAGCUCGACGGCCACCAAUAUUGACGGUUGGACCGCUCUCCACGAAGCUGCUUACUUUGGCGUGCUGGGAUGCCUCAUGAUCCUGAUAGAAAGGUUUCCUGACAUGGUGAACAGAUGUAGCCCCAUAAACCAGACCGCCCUUCUCCUGGCUGCAUACCGAGGACAUGUCUCUUGUGUUGAGUAUCUCCUGGAGCAUGGCGCCGACCCCAACAUCUGCAACAAGGAACGAGAGGGUCCGCUGUUCAGAGCAUGUGAAAGUAAAAGCCUGCGCAUGGUGGAGCUCCUUCUGAGGUGUGGAGCGUCAGUGAACAAGACCGACAACCAGGGAGCAACGCCCUUCCACGAAGCCGUCAGAAACGACCAGCUGGAGGUCUGUGAGAUCUUGUUCCAGGCCGGAGCUAAGAUCUCUACCUUCAAUAUCUACGGGAAUCAGCCGUUCUUCACCGCCGCACAGAGUGGAUGUUCCAAUGUCUUGGGAUUCCUACUGGCUAAAGGUGCGGAUAUUAAUAAACAGGCUAGAGAUGGAGCGACUCCUCUGUACGAAGCAUGCAAGAACGACCACCUCUGCACGGUGGAGAUUCUUCUGUCACAUAAGGCAGACGUAAACCUGCCCACAAAGUCUGGCCUCCUACCCAUCCACCAAGCCACGCAGAGGGCAAACAAACAGAUGGUCUCCAUGCUGCUUCCUCUGACCAGCAAGAAGAUGGUGAGCAGCAGCGGUAUCAGCCCGCUGCACCUCGCCGCCGAGGAUGGCUUGGAUGACAUCCUGGAGCUGCUGAUCCAAGACGGCUACGACGUCAACAGCCAGCUGUCCAGGGAGCACCGGCUGAUGUAUGAGGACCACCGCAGCACGGCGCUGUACUUCUCCGUCUACGACAACAACCUGGAGGCCGCCACCAUUCUCCUGGAGGCCGGCGCCGACCCCAACCUGGACUUCUUCAACCCUCUCCUGAUCGCCGUCCAGAAGGGAAACGCUGAAUUAGUGGAGCUGCUGUUGAUGUACGGAGCAGACGUCCACGGCAGCCUCUCCACAUAUAAACUGGGCUUCCCGUCGGCCGUGCUGCUGGCCAUGAAUAGCAUCAACGUGCUGAAGCUCCUGUUGGACCAUGGCUGCGACGUCCACCCCUGCUUUGACUGUGACUAUGGCAGCAAGGCCCAUCCAUACUUCGCCCCGCUGUGGGAGGGACACGAACUGCAAUACAGGAGAGAGUCUCCAACUGAACACUCUGUCGAUUUUUGUGAAGCCAUCUCUAAGUAUUCCAUUAAGGAGCCCGGUCCGCUCAUCUCCCUGCUCCUGGAUUAUGUUGGCCACAUCAAACUGUGCUCCCGGUUGCUGGAGAUCCUAGAUGGCUGCAACGACGGGAAGCACAUCAAAAGCAAGGCAGUACCACCGCAUCCCCUGAUGCAGCUGUGCAGACUGAGAAUCCGGAAGAUUCUGGGAGCCAAACGACUUAAAACAGUCAAUGUUCUGCCGCUGCCAAAUAUACUACUGCGUUUUCUCUGGCAUGACGUGGAGUGCAUUUCAUAGUAAAAGUCCCAAAUGUGGAGUACCUUUCAGAGUGAGUGCCUGAGCGCUUUUUUUUGUUUAAAUUAAUUUGAUGUUGAAGUGACAACAUAUAUUGAUGAAAUGUAAGAACUUGUAAAUGUACCUGUUAAUUAUGCAUUCAUAAUAAACUUAAUUAUAUUA